AUUUAAUCAAUUCAGGAAACAUUUUACAAUCUCCGAGAUCUCGGUUGGGUGGUUAAAGUCCAGCACUCAUUCACAAUCUUUUCAAACUUUCACAGAAAGACUCUUCAGGUUUGACUGAAAAAAAUGCAUGAGGCUCAAUAAUUACAACUGAAGGUGAGCAGGGCCAGCAUCCCAAUGCAUUCCUAUGGAAGAUUUUGACUUUCAAACAUCAAUAACCUCUUUUCUGAAACGAUGUAGACUAAUGAGAAUAAUACAAUAAAAAAAGGCAAACACAAAACAAUGCAUUUCAAUGGGGUCUUUCAUGGCAGAAUUCAAAGGGGCUAACUUUUUCUCAUUAUAAAAAGAAUAAUGUGUAUUAUAUUGACUAUAAAGCAUUCAUACUUUUUUUAAUUAACCUAAAAUAUAGAAAACAGUUAGCCUUAUACAAAAAUCCUAUUCUAUAAGCAAACGUAUGAUAGACAAACCUAAAGAAAACAAAAGAAAGCAAUUUUUACAUUUGAAAUUUACAAGCUAAUAUCGUAAUCAGAAAAAGUCUUUCAUUUUUAACUGCAUGGCUCGGCUGUCAAUACAAACUGUAUUACCUCGUUGGCAACAAACCCGCUGGCACGGGCGCAAUGAUCCGGGAGCGUGAGCCCUGCCUGCCCUGUUCCGUCUUCUUCGGGAAUGUGCCGCGUGUGUCAGUCAUGCAGGUAGAGGCAACCUGUUUGACAAACUCUACUGAUUAGGUGAUGUCGGCUCUUUGUGUUCUCAUUACAAGAUUGUAACCAUGAGCAGAGUUGACUGAUAGCUGAAGAUGAGUCCUGGAGCCUGAACCUCUCCCUCUCUUCCAACAUGUAUCCCAUCACCUUCACAGCAGCCAGGAACACCUCCAUGAGAGUCUCCCUGGUGGCCAACAGCAGUGCGGCUGCUAACCAGAGCCAGGACCCACUGGGAGGCCACACGGUGUGGCAGGUCACCCUGAUCGUGCUCUUCACCGGAGCGCUUUCCCUCGUCACCAUCAUCGGGAACCUGCUGGUCAUGGUGGCCUUCAAAGUCAACAGCCACUUGAAGACGGUCAAUAACUACUUCCUGCUGAGCCUGGCCUGUGCUGACCUUAUCCUGGGAGCCGUCUCCAUGAACCUGUACACCACCUACAUCAUCAUGGGCCGCUGGGCUCUCGGUACCUUCUCCUGCGAUAUCUGGCUGGCCAUCGACUAUGUGGCCAGCAACGCGUCGGUCAUGAACCUCCUGAUCAUCAGCUUCGACCGCUUCUUCUCUGUCACGCGACCGCUUACCUACCGGGCCAAGAGGACGCCGAAACGGGCUGCCAUCAUGAUCACAAUGGCCUGGGCCAUUUCCUUUGUCCUCUGGGCUCCGGCCAUACUCUUCUGGCAGUACAUCGUGGGUGAAAGGACAGUGCCCUCGGAGCAGUGCUUCAUCCAGUUUCUCUCGCAGCCCAUCAUCACCUUCGGGACGGCCAUCGCGGCUUUCUAUCUGCCUGUGACCAUUAUGAUCAUCCUGUACUGGAGGAUAUACCGGGAGACGGAGAACAGGGCCAAGGAACUGGCCGGGCUGAUGGGUUCUGAAAGCAGAGAGGCUUCAUCGCAGACUCAGCCAGCUUCUGGAAACAGCACCAAGAGCGAUAGCAGCUGUGGACCCACCAACGGGCUUCAGAUACCCAGCUCGGGAUCCAAGAGUCUUUGCUGCCUCUAUCCAAAGAGAUGCUCCAGCAGGAAGGCCUAUCUGGAACCCAGCAGCGAUGAGAGCUGGGUGAACAUUGAUGAAGAAGGAUCCCCCGGGAACUCAACUUCAGAGGAGGACGAGACACCCCUGGAGAUGAAGACUCACUGCUCCGUGGUCAUUUGCCUGCCUCAGAUCCGAGCGGGGAGGGCUAGAGAGGGGGAGGAACUCCCCAGACCUAGGAAGGAGGUCCCUGGUUGCCUGGAAGAUCGUAGUCUCUCCAGGGUGAUGAGCAAAGCCAGGAACGCUCCCCAGGAGUCGAAGAGAUCUUCCAGGCUGACCAUGGGCAGUCUCAGCUCCUUCGCCACCAGGGACAGCCUGCUCAAGAUGCAACCCAAAGCAAAGAAGCGAAAGAGACUGUCGCUGAUCAAGGAGAAGAAAGCAGCCAAGACCCUGAGCGCCAUCCUCCUGGCGUUCAUCAUCACAUGGACUCCCUACAACAUUAUGGUGCUCGUCUCCACCUUCUGCACGGACUGCAUCCCCGAGACUCUCUGGCAGCUGGGAUACUGGCUCUGCUACGUCAACAGCACGGUCAACCCUGUGUGCUACGCGCUCUGCAAUAAGUCCUUCCGGGUCACUUUCAUGAUGCUGCUUCAGUGUCGUUGGGACAAGAGGAAGUGGGGUCGGCCUCACCGUCACGUACCCAAGUCCUUUCACCAGAACAAGUCUAGUAGUGCUGUUUAGACUGUUUAUACACUCCACUUUACACAGGGACGCUGGAGCUCUGAAAUGGAACGAUGGGCCCAUACUGAAGGGCCAAGUGCUGUACGGAUUUUGGAAUCUUUCCUUCAGGAAAAGUGCACAGCAACAACACUGAUAAAAAGUGUAACACAGCCUCUGCUCUGGUGUUUUGGGUCGUGCUUGAUCUUGGACUGCAUUCAUAUGUGAUGCUUCUCUUUCACUGGAUACAGGACCUGUAUAUGGUGAAUUCACAAAAGUGAAGUAUCCUUAUUGCAUUGAAGGUUGGUCCAUGUAUCCAAAUUAUAUUUCUUGGUUACUUUUGAUACGGGGUGAUUAUAAAGUUAGUAGACUGAUUUGUUAUAGCGUUGCUAAAUGUUUUGAUCAUAUGAAUAUAGAGCACUGUCUUAGGCCAUUCUGGAUUUCUCCCAUUCCCAGUUUGCCAGAAAGGAGAAGAGACUAACAGUAGCAUUUUAUUGUUACAGUCUUUUAUUAUCAGUUCAAAAAGAGCAAGACUGGUAAGUGUGUUGAUUGUAUCACCAAUAACCUGGAAAAAUAAGCAAUACAACACAUUUCAAUACUGUAUUGCAACUUGCAUAUAAUAUUUCUAAUUGUAUUUGUUUGUGACAAGUCUCUUUUCACUUUGCUAAACUUUUCCAUCAGUUGUCCUGCAACUACACUAUACCCUUCCGAUCACUGCAUACCAUGUUUAGUUUCCUAUAUAUGCAAUACGUUUAAUGCGUAGACACUGGUGUUAAUUAUGGGGUUGCUUGUCGUGAAACAGAAUGACUAUGGUGGGACAUUUAUUGCCCCCAUUAUCCAUUCAGACCCCUUCUUACUAAUAUCAUGGUACCCCAGAAUAGCAAAUCGUCUCCUCUUUAAUGCAAAGACUGUUUGUGAUCAUCUCACAAGUGCAGCUGCACCCCCAACAUGUUAUCCAGCAUACUAAGCUUUCAUACCACAUACAGUUCACAUACGUUUUAAAAAUCUCUAAAGACCCACCCCCAACCUUAGAUACGAUUCCUUUCAAAGCUAUUUCUGCAAUUUAAAAGAUUCAGCUCCACAGCUAUAAAUGAGAUUCCUUAUUUUACAUAAAAUACAUUGCCAAAAUGUAAAUACCUCUGGAAGCAAAAUGUGCCUUGCAAGAGAUUCACACAUGUGAAAUAUUCAAAGCCAUGGUGUAACAUCAGAACAUUCAAGCAGUCUUCUAAGAAAAGUCCAGCUGAGCUUCUUAUAACAGUCGCUCAGGGCCUAUUCCCAGAUAAACCACCUUUUUGGAGCCUUUUACAGCACCGGUGCAAUCCAGGGUGAUUCCCCAGUGCUGUAAAAAGCGUUAAAAAUGUGAGCUUAUUGUGGUAUAGGCUGAUCAAAACAACGCCUCAGUCUAUUUCUCAAACUUGUCACUGAUGGUGCUUUUAAAUGAACACCUGGGUUAUUCAUUUGAUGUCUGGUGUCGGCACAGGGUUGAUGCUGAUAGGUCUCUUCCCAUUCUCAAACACCCAUCUCUACAACGGGACUGAAGCACUGCUGCUGUGCCAGUGUAGAACAGCAUUGCACUUUGAAAGGGUUUGGAUUCAGCACCUCAGGUAGUUUGAAGUGCCUUGUGAUUAGGCAUUGUGCCUGGGAAGUACAGACUGCCCUUGUGUUCUAGUGUCAAAAUAAAGUGCAUUCUUCCAUGUAA